ACCCUAGCAGUUCGGCUACCAUUGCUUCCCCUGACCUUACGCGCAGCAUGGUCUCGCUAGCACAAAGUGUGCAAGAAACUAUGACCGCGUUGUAUAACUCCCAGAUGGCACUGAACAGGGCUUAUAGACAUCAUAAAGCAACUGAUGACAUCGUUGACCAGAUGAAACAGAGCAGAAAUAUGUUUCGAUCAGACUGGGAGAAAUAUAUCGAGUUUCUACAAGAUAGUCACGGUUACGCGGAGAACUACUCAUUCCUGUGCAAAUUCUGGGCGACCCAUCCAGUAUCAGAAUGCAUUGCAUUCGCCAGAGAUGUCCUUGCUUCUGCGAAGGAACUUUCUAUGGAGGCUAGGCGUUUGAAGGCGGAACACCAAAGAGCAGCCAAAACCCUUCAACGCUAUAAAGCAAAAAUACCCCAUGAAGUCUUUGGGCCCGCUACCUGGACACCUGAAUCUCCCGAUACUGGUAACACACCACCUGCUAGCCCUUCAAGUUUGUCGGUGCAGUUUUUCGUUUUGGCCCAGACUUCUCUCAAUCCAGAUGGUGCUCGGUCGUUUUACGCCCUUGAUCAAGGCUUCGCGGGUAUCGGCGCGGCAUUAUCAGACCUUGCGGUUUUCUGGCAAGAUCAAGUCAAUGUCCUGAAUGAUAUACUGGUCAAACCUGGCACGACCUAUAUCACAUCCGAGGAAGAGGCAAGCCAGAUUAGAAUGCGGUGGCUAGAUGUGCAAAAAUCAAUCUUGAAUGCCAUUCUUUCCAUUUCUGC